CCCCCGCGCCUGGCCGGGGCGAGCCGGUCCCCGAGCCUGACCCCACGGCGGGCAGGGGACAAGGCGGAGCCAACAACGAGCCCUGCAGCCCGCGGCGGGUCCCGCUCAGAGCAGAGUCCAGAUCUCCCAGAUUUAGCCACCUUAGGUACCGGCCGCUUGGGUCCCAUCAUGGCGUUUCCUGAACCAAAGCCCAAGAAGCCAGAACUGCCAAAGAAGCUGGUGCAGAAUCUGGAGUGCAAACAGGGAGCAGUCAGGGCAGUGAGGUUUAAUGUGGAUGGAAAUUACUGUCUCACCUGCGGAAGCGACAAGUCCCUGAAGCUGUGGAACCCCCACAAGGGGACCCUCCUGAAGACCUACAGCGGCCAUGGCUAUGAAGUGUUGGAUGCGGCUGGCUCCUUCGAUAACAGCCAGCUCUGCUCCUGCGGGGCCGACAAAACAGUCGUCCUGUGGGACGUAGCCAGUGGGCAGGUGAUCCGCAAGUUCAGAGGUCACGCGGGGAAGGUGAACUGCGUGCAGUUCAACGAGGAGGCCACUGUGAUCCUGUCGGGCUCAAUUGAUUCCAGCGUCCGCUGCUGGGACUGCCGCUCACGCAGACCCGACCCAAUCCAGAUCCUGGAUGAAGCAAAGGACGGGGUGUCCAGCCUGAAAGUGUCAGAUUACGAGAUCCUCUCUGGCUCUGUGGACGGCCGCGUCCGGCGCUACGACCUGCGCGCAGGGGAGCUGUACUCGGAUUACGUUGGAAGUCCUGUCACCAGCGUGUGUUUCAGCAAGGACGGGCAGUGCACGCUGGCUGCCAGCCUGGACUCCACCCUGCGUCUGCUGGACAAGGACACCGGGGAGCUGCUGGGAGAAUACACCGGCCACAAGAACACUGCCUACAAGCUGGAUUGCUGCCUGAGUGAGAAGGACACGCACGUGGCCAGCUGCUCGGAGGACGGGAAGGUGUAUUUCUGGGACCUGGUUGAGGGCUCCCUGCCGCUGAGCCUGCCCGUCGGUAAAGGCGUGGUCCAGUCCCUGUCCUUCCACCCCAGCGAGCCCGGCCUGCUCACCGCCACUGAGGGGCGCGUGCAGUUCUGGAGAGAGGAGUCCCACACGGCAGGGGAGCAGCCACCAGGCUGUUGAGCUGGAGCAUCAGGCGUCCCUCCCUCCAAACACACACGGACUCAGCCUUGGGGCAGCUGCUUUAUUGAGCCAUGUCUCCGAGUCGGGGCGGCCGGGACUCUACAGACUCUGUGGGGGAGCAGCAGCAGCAGCGAGCCCCAGAGCAGGGCAAGCAGGAGUGGGGUGAGCCCGCCUUCUUGCCCUACGCAUGCAGGAGUCAUGGGCCUGCCCAGCACCGCUCUACCAACCAGUGACCCUACAAUCCCCAUCUAACUGCCUGGCCCCCCGCCAUCACCCCACACUCCAUGGGGCGGUUGGACACAGCCACAGCUCGCUCGGAGGGCCUGGGAGACUUCAGAAGACACUAGGAGCUAACGUUAUUAGGGAGACACCCCCCUAACGCCCCAAGGGCUCUGAUCAUCCUCUGUCUGGGACUUUUAAAAGAAAAAAUCUUCCUCAAAAUCCAUCCCCCAGGGCCUGGGCCCAGCUACUGCUGCUAGGCUCCUUUCCAUCUGUCAAGUACCCCGCAGUGACCCCCCCCGCCCCCCUUGCUUCAGCCUCAGCUGUCCCUGGUCCGUUCGAGCGCCCCACGAGGAAACUGACACCUGGGCACCAGGUCCAGACAGGAGCUAACUCUGUUUUCCCUGCUGCAGAUGCUGCUCUUGAAGAGCAGCGGCCAAUAAAUCACUCCUAGGCAGGGGUGGGCAGGCGCCGGAGCUCAGCACUGCGGGCAGUUCUCUCUCCACUGCAGAAGGGGGUGUUCCUAGCGCAGAUUAGAACAGCAGGUGCCCGGGCUCUCCCCAUGGGGGCACAGCUCACAUUCCCCCCAGGCUGCCCUUGCGACUGUGCUCGGGGCAUUCUCCCCUCGGGGUCGCAGGGCGCGGAACACGCAGCAGUGUGGGUUUAACGCAGCUCAGCCACUGAUGCACAAGGGGAGCCGGGGGUGAGCUGCUAACCCCCGUUGAAAGCCGGCCAGCCGGAUCUUCGCAGCUGGUUUCACCUGAGGUUAACACCCGGGGUAGGGCAGAUGUCCUGACCAGGUGGGAUGGGAACACAGGGAACAUUUUCUUUCUCAAAAGCCGAAUAAUAAAAUCAUGUUUGUUAAAACUUGCCAUGCAUCAGCAGACCUGGGCCCGGGCCUGGCCAUGCUGCCCCCAGCCACCCAAAGUGUCCAAUCACUAAACAAACAACUGGAGGGAA